AUGGGCAACCCAGGCAUAACGUAUCAAUCUCGCACCCGGACUGUCUCCAUAUGUAUUCAGGUUCAUGAGCCCGCACCUAUUUCCGUUGCAGUCCCUCACAUGAACCUCAGACGUGGCGUCAUCGCGAGGGACACCUGGCACUCGGAAGCAGUGCUUGGCGCAAGUGAGGCGGCACCUGCUGUCCGGGGCGAGCGUGGUGCUGGACCGCUGCAACAUGAGCGUGGAGCAGCGCGCCGAGUUCCUCCCUCUCACGCUAUUUCUACCUUCCCCCCUUGUCCCCUUGUCUCGCGCUCUCUGUUCUCGCAGGUGAGGCGGCACCUGCUGUCCGGGGCGAGCGUGGUGCUGGACCGUUGCAACAUGAGCGUGGAGCAGCGCGCCGAGUUCCUCGCGCUCGCGCGCAACUGCAACGUGCAGUCGCACGUGCUCGUGUUUGAGCUCCCCGUGGCGCUCGUCGUGCAGCGCGCGGUCAACCGAGUCAACCACGAGGGCGGCGUGCAGGGCCCCCGGGCUGCGAGCAUCAUACGGCAUCAGAUGAAGAUGCGCGAGCCCCCUGCAGCGGUGGAGGGCUUUCAGCGCGUCACCGUGUGCCGCACCGACGCCCACGUGGACCAGGCGCUCUCCUUCUACCGCGCCCUCCGCCCCUCCGCUUUUGCCGCUGCCAGUGGUGGCGGUGGUGCUGAGGGUCCUGGCGUAGUGGGGCUGCAAAGGGCGGGAGGAGGAAGCCUGGAGGUGCAAGCAAUGCAGCAGAGGCACGGGGGAGAGGAGCUAGACGCGCGGGUACGGGAGAUGCAGCUGGGGCACUGGAGAGAGGGGGAAGAUGCGCAAGCGCAGGGACAGGGAGAAGAGGGAGCAGAGGGAGCGAGGCAGGGAGGUCGGGAGGGCCCAGGGCGUGAACCCAGGAGCGACCAGCCGCGUUGGGAACGAGGGGGCGAGGGGAGAGGCAGGGGGAGGGGGAGGGGGAUGUGGAGGGGGGGUGGGGAAGGGGGGAAGAAUGUGGCGGAGAGAGGGGGAGAGAGAGGAUGGUAUGGGGACGGGAAGGGGAGGAAUUUAGUGUGGAGGGGUGAGAAGAAGUGGGAUGGGGAGGGAAAUGGGAGGGCGGUAGAGAGAAGGGGAGAAAGGGAGGGCGAUGGGGAUAGGGAGAGACGGGCGAAAGAGGGAGCAGGAGGGGAGGGAGAGCAGCAAAAAGCACCGAGAAACCGAGAAGAAGAGGAGGAGAAGCAAGUGCGAACCAUGUCGUUUGGUUGUAGUCAAGGCAUCGUGAAUGGGCGGGGAGAGGCCCUCGUGGAUGCGCAGGGGGAAAGGCUCGUGGAUGGGCGGGGGGAUGGUUGCGUGGAUGGGCGGGGGAAGGGCCGAGGAGAGGUGGGUGAAUGGCGACAUGUGCAGGCACAUGGGAACCUGGAGAGCUCGUUUGGGCUGAGGCAAGACGGGUGUGAGCAGAUUGCUGCUGCCGCUAAUGAAGGGGCCGAGAAGAACGAGGGUCGACAAAGAGGAGGGGAGGGGGGAGGCAAGGGCGACGAGCACGAUCAGCAGAGGGAGGAGCGCAGAGAUCACCGAAAGGUGGAUGGAAACAAGGGAGAGGAGCAGGACGAUGAGAUAGACGAGGAGGAGCAGCAGCAGCCACCGCAGCCACCGCCACAGCAGCAGCAACAGCAAGCGCAGCAGCGGGAGGCAGCAGGACGGUGGGUGCUGGCGUUUCCGUCCAUCUCAACGGCUGAUUUCAAGUUUGACAGGGAGAGGGCGGCUGCAGUGGUGCUUGACUGCGUCACUGAGUUCCUCUGGCGCAACGGGGGCAGCAGCCACGGCAGCACCACUGCCAGGAGUGCGGGCGAGGGCAGGGUGGGUGCGGAGGGUCGUGAGGGUGGUGGGGACUGUGAGGGUGGUGUGGGUGGUGUCGAGGAAGGGGAGAGGGAAGGGAGCAGGUUUGAAGGGAUGGUUAUAAGUGGUACUGGUGCUGCCACUGCUGCUGACGAUGGUGGUGGUGGUGCGGUUGCUGGCACUAAUGUUGAUGCUAGUGCUGCUGCUGCUGCUGCUGCUGCUGCGGUAAGGGAUGCACUGAGGCGAGGGGGGAACGGCAAUGGGAACGGUGACAGUAACGGUGUCAGUGGAAUGGGCAGCUGUAGCGUGAACGGAAACGGAAACGGAAACGGAGGUGAUAAUAACGGUGCCAGUACCAGACACAAACAGCCUGCAGCAGCAGCUAAAGAAAGACCCUCAGCACCUGGAGAAACGAGACAAGCAUCACCGCCCAGAGCACCCGAGAGCAGACAAAGAUUGCCGGCAGGCGGCAACACAUCGUCUACAGUGUCUGACUCCCCGCCGAAGCAAGAGACGCUUGAGCGCUGUCCAAUCCUGGACGUGGUAUUGGUGGAUCUCUCGCCCUCCUCUGACAUGCUGAGGCGAGUGAAGCGCUUGGCUCGCCAGAGGGGGCUGCCGUUCGUUGAAUCUGGACGGCUUAGGCGAGGAGCGGAUGGUGGAGAGAAAGACAAGGCGAGACGGUUCAUUGAACCUGGGCGGGAGGGAGGAGCCGAAGCCGUCUGUUACCAGGGGGUAAGGCACGUGGUGCACGUGGUGGGACCCAAUAUGAAUCCUCGUCGCCCGAACUGUCUGGAUGGUGACUAUAACGAGGGCGAGAGGCUGCUCAGGUCCGCGUAUGGGGCGCUCUUUAGAGAGUUCCGCCUGCUGGCCAAGGGGGGAGAGGAGGGGCGCGCGGAGAGGGCGGAUGGAGGGGAGGAGGGAGUGGGGAAAGUGAGGGCGAGGGAGCAGGGUGGAGAUGGGGAGAGAGGGAUGGAAGGGGGAGUGGAAGGGCGAGGAGGUUGGGGGGUUGUGGGGGAAGGUCGGGUUGGGAAAGAGGUAUUGGUUGCAGCUGAGGGUGGGAUGAGGGGAGAAGGGAGGAGGUGGGUGGAGGAGGCACGUGAUGGGCUUGCAGGGACGAAGGUAAGAGAGUCUGUGGGAGGAGAGAGGGGAAGGGAGGAGAGAGACAAUGGUGGGUCGUGGGAGGAUGGGGUAGGUGGCGGAGUGGGGAUGAGGAGAAGAGAUGGAGGUGCUGGGGGUGAUUCUGGAAAGGGGAAGAGGAAAGCUCGUGAGGGUGAGGGUGAGAGGGACGAGGUCGAUGAGAGGAGAGCAGUGGGAGCGGGGAGUAAGAGGAGAAGGGACGAGGAGGGGGGAGGUGAGAGGGAGGGCGAGGGGAUUAGGGAGCUUGAAGGGAAAGAGAUGGAUGAUGAGAAGCGAGGGGGGCAGGGUGACACUGGCACCGCUUCCACCUCAGCUGGGGCUGACUCCACGUCAGCCAGAGCUGAUUCCACGUCAGCGGGAGGCGAGAGAGGGUUUUGGUCGCGAGGCGACAGUUCAGCAGCUGCUGCGGCGGCUGCUGUGGCGACAGGUGCUACGAGUGAAGGCUGGGGAGCUGGUGGGUCGUACGGUAGAGGGAGUAUGAGGAGGGAAGGGCGUAGUGAUGGUGUAGAGAGGGAAGCGAGGCGAAGGGAAGGUGAUGGUGGUGAGUUGGGAGUUCGAAGGGGUGCUGAGGAGUUGACUGGGCGAGAAAUGGGGGCGAUGCGUGAGAUGGGGAUGGAUGAGAGGGUUGAUGAUGCUGCCGAUGCUUAUGGGGGAGAGGAGGCAGAGGGAGGUGUUCAUUUGAAUAGCGAUGGUGGCAGGGGCAGAGAGGAUAUGGCAUCACUUGUGGCACCAGCAGCAGCAGCAGCGGAAGAUGUUCCAAGUGCUGCUGAUUCCCCUCCAGCGGCUCAGGUGCCCUCUGUGGACCCCCAGGUGGUCACAACAGAGCGCCAGGUGCCACUAGCAGAUGCUCAGGUGGACCGGACAGGCAGCGCAGGCCGGCAGACAGCAGGAGAGGCGCGGUUGGGCUCUGUGGGGGGGGCAGGGGAACAGGCGAUGGGGGUUUGGGUGGUCCGGGGAAGGGCAGCAUUCCGACCGAAUCUUGAUAGAGUGGCGGAGGAAGAGGGACGAGAGGUGGUGAGAGAAGAGAGGCGAGAAGGGAGGAUUGGGAGGGGCGGAGAUGGGGGGGAUGGGGGAGCGAUGCUUCUCCAGCGAAGGGGUUUGGAGCAGGGGGGAGGUGGGGGGGAAGGUGGGAGGGGUGUUGGAGGGACGGAGAGAAUGGGGGGUGGUGAGGGUGUGAGGGGAGAGAGGGGCUCUGGAGGAGGGAUGCAGUGGUGGAGGAGGAAUGAGGGGAGAGGGGUGAGAGGGGGUGAGACGGGAGGAAAAGAAAGAGGAAAUGCUGGUGGUGGAGGAGGGGAAGAAGGGGGGGGGGGAGGGGGAGGGGGAGGGGGAGGGGGAGGAGGGGGUGUUGGUGGUGGUGGGGGUGGGGUUGGUGGUGGUGAUGGUGGAGGGGGGGGAAUGGGGGUAGGAGGAGGAGGAAGGGCAAGUGACAUGCGAGGGGUAGGGGGAGGCACAGGAGGAGCAGGGAGCGGAGGAGGAGGAGCAGGAGGGGGAGGGGGAGGAGGCGGAGGAGCAGGAGGGGGCAAGCGCAAGGAGGGGCAUGGUGGGGCGGAAGGUUCCUGGAAGCACACGCUGAGGGACAUUGCAAUGCGGCCUGAGAGGCACAGCGAUGUGGUGCUGUUUGCUGAUGCCUCCGUGGUGGUCAUCCGCGAUAAGUACCCCAAGGCCCAGCACCAUCUGCUGGUUAUCGCACGGACGGACGGUGUGGAUCGCAUCAUCGACGCCACAGCGACAGAUCUGCUGCUGCUGCGCCACAUGCUGGCAGUCGGGCAGCUCUGGGCAGCACACUCCGUCUCACCCUCCUCCUCCUCCAACCCCACUCUUGGAUCUGGCAAUGCACCCAACCCCGCUCCCGCCUCUCACACUGCACCACAACAAGACAUCGUGCCACAGAAACCACCUGAAAAAUCUCCCGAUGCUGCGGCCCCAGGAGUGUCAGGUGCUGCUUCAGGUGGUUGGCCAGGGGGGAAUCCAGGCAGUGAAGGCGAGCAUGCAAGGGGGAAGGCCCUGCCUGGGAAGGGAGGGCUGGGUGUGACUAUAACGAGGGGCCCUGGGCCAGGUGUGACAACCGCAGGGUCAUCGCCACCUCAGCCACUGCGCUUCCGAUUUGGCUUCCACCAGGUGCCGUCCAUGCACCAGCUGCAUCUGCACGCCAUAAGUCAGGACAACAAUGUGCCGUCCAUGCACCAGCUGCAUCUGCACGCCAUAAGUCAGGACAACAAUGUGCCGUCCAUGCACCAGCUGCAUCUGCACGCCAUAAGUCAGGACCUGGACUCGCCCCAUCUGAAGCACAAGAAGCAUUGGAACUCCUUCGCCUCGCCCUUUUUCCGAGAUGCCGUCCAGGUGAUUUUUCAGAUAGAGCAGCACGGCCAUGUGCUGCCAGCUCUGCCGACCACCCACAUCUCGUCUGUAGCCGGACAGAACCUCUUCCCAGGCUCAGUUGGCCUGGAUAGCAGUGGUGGUGAUGUGGUUGGUGGUAGCAGUGGAGGUGGAGGGGGGUCAGAUACCAGAGACUAG